AUGCGCAAACUCGCGACGAUGUUGAUCCCGUCAUUGCCUCGGGUGUGGGCGUUGAACGGGUCCGCUGACAGCCCCUACCUUGCGCUGGAGCUCACCGUGACCGCGGCCGACUGGGACCAGCUGGUCCCAGGGGGCCAGUACCGAGCCGCGGUCAGGGCCACCAGCGAGCUCGGCCCCUCGGCCUGGUCGGAGUGGUCCACGGCCUCGGGGCUGGCCCCGCACGGCUACUGCCUGUCGCCCCCCGCGCGGCCGCAGCCGCCCAGGCGGAACCCGGCGUACUCGGCCGCGCCGGGCCAGAUCCGGCUGGCUUGGGAUGCGGUGGCGUCGCCGGCCGAAGCGGGCGGCGACGACCCGUUGCAGGAACCCGCCGUCCUCGGCCGCGGCUGCGGCUGCUGA